AAGCAUCGCGUCAGCACUCUCUCUCGCAACAGCAAUUUAAAUCAAUUUAUCCGAAACCCGCGCUGUCGGACGCGGGGGCCCCUACGUUGUGGCGCACUUUGGCCGGGUCUGUAGUUCCGUGCCGUCGUCGCAAAGUUCCGCACUGGAAUAUUAUGGAGUGUGUCGUCCGGGUGUUAUUUUUCCUGGUGGCGGUGAUAUUUUUCGGUCAGUUGGCCACCGGCGUGAAGAAUAUCCUCUACAUCAGCAGUGUCGCAUCGCCGAGCCAUUUCCUCUGGAGCCAGCGGCUGUUUGAACGUUUGGCGGAGCGGGGGCAUAACGUGACGGUGGUGAAUUUGUACAAGCAUGGAUUUGUUAGAGGAGUACAGCUGGUUAAGCUGGAAGGGAUUGUUGAGGAAUUGGCGGCGGAAGAAGAGGACUACGUUGAGUUAGGACAGAUGAAUCCGUUUGUGGUGCACGUUGCGUUCUUUGAUCUGGAACUUUACGUAUGUCAACGGGCUGUUAAAAGUGCUGGAUUCCGAAGUAUGUUGGAUUACCCGAAGGACUUUCGAUUUGAUCUGGUGAUACACGAUCAUCUGGCCGGACCAUGCCUUCUAAUACUGUUGAGUACUUUUGGUUAUCCACCGUUGAUCUAUGCAUCGGCUUAUAAUCGACAAUCUACGCUGACGACGUCUCUUGGAACCGUAGUAUUCCCGGAAUUCGUACCGAAUCAAGUCUACGACGUGCAAUAUCCGAUGACGUUCUACCAAAAGACCGUAAAUCGCCUGCUUUACUUCUGGGAAUACUUCUUCAAAGCUUAUAUCUAUUAUCCAAAGCUGGAUAGCCUAAUUCAGCAGGAACUGAACCAAACUGAAUCAGUGACGUCUCUGGAGAAGCGAUCUCUUUUGGCUAUUCUGAACUCAAACCAGAUAUUGGAUCUACCGGAACCAGUAUCUCCCAACAUAGUCCAAGUAGGAGGUCUCCAUAUAAAACGUCAAAAAUCUCUACCAAGUAACUUACUCCAAAUCCUGGAUCAACGCAACAAGAUAGUCCUCUUCUCACUUGGAUCCAACGUAAGAAGUGAUCAGUUGGAUCCCCAAAUCCUGAACAAACUCAUUGAAGCUAUGACUGCCGUUCCAACGAUAACCUUCCUGUGGAAGCUUGAAUCCGACCUACCGCAGAAGCUUCCACCAAACGUGAUCACUUCUCCAUGGUUCCCGCAGAGUGAGCUGCUCGCUCAUCCCAAGCUCAGUUUGUUCAUAACCCACGGAGGACUACUCAGCGUUCAGGAGGCCGUCUGGCAUGGAGUUCCCAUGCUCGGGAUGCCAAUCUACGGCGAUCAGUUCGGAAACGCGAAUCAGCUGAUCAACAAGGGAGUCGCCAAGAGGUUGUCCUUGGUCGAUGCUACCAGCGAACAAUUGGUGGAGGCCAUUCAGGAAAUCACGACAAAUGCCAGCUACCGGAACAAUGCAAAUCGACUGUCUAGAAUGUUCCGUGACCGGCGAGAGUCCCCGCUGGAGACGGCAAUUUGGACCAUCGAAUGGGUACUAAGAAAUGCUAAUGACAGUCACGUGUGGAACCACAUGCCGAGCAAUUCCGGCUUCCUGGAACGAUAUUCACUGGAUGUCCUGCUGGUAUCCUUCGCCGGACUAAUGGCAACGGGAUUCACCGCAUUGUUAAUGCUACUUAAAGUGCUUACAUGCACAUCUAGUAAAAGCAAGAAAAAGCUUGAUUAAAUCCCCCUUAUCAAAACA